AUGCAGAACUUGCAUAGCUCGGAGGUGGUGGACGAGAUGGAUAAGGCAAGACAGGAGCUGCAGAAAUGGAUGCAAGAGCGAGUUCGAAAUGUCGAGGACAUCAAAAAGAAGCACCAAAAUGCGACGGCCAAGUACACUGGAGAGGUUGCUUCCCUUCAUCAACAGAUGAAAUCUGCUGAAUCAACGGAAAAGAGCGUGCGCCAAGAGCUGGCCGAUGAGGAGCGCGAGCUCAAGCGAUUGCAGCAGAUGAUAAAGAAGUUGCGCGACAAGGAGAACCUCCUGCCCCAAGAGUUGGAGCAGAGGAAGCGGGAAGUCGAGAAGCAGCACCAGAAGCUCGUGACGCAGGACCGACAGUUGGCCGAGCGACAGAGGGAGCACGCGCAGAGCCUGCAGGCCCUCGCGCAGGACGUCAAUCGGUACCGCGAGCGGCUAGGCCUCGAGCUGCAGCGGGUGGGGAUCAAUCACAUGAGGUUCAUCUUCGUCUACAUCGACCCCAACCACCCUAUGCGCCAGUUCUCCUUUGAUCUGCACCUCGAUUCCUCAGACCGCUAUCACGUGGAGGAGUGUAAGCCACCGGUGGACGGUCUGGCGGCGAUGGUGGAGGCACUGAACGGCAACGGAGGAGACCUCACCAAGUUCGUGGUCGCCAUCCGAAACAAGUUCAAGGCGAGUGUCCUCCGCAGCAAGUAA